AUGGAUCAGGAUAACGAGCGUGAUUCUUUUCUUAAAGGAGAUUUCGACGAUCUGUGUUAUUUCUGCCGUACAGGGGAUGUCGAAAAUGCUGAUCGACUGAUAUCAACCGGAAUUAACAUUAAUCAGGUCGACAAGUUCGACAAUUCGCCUCUCUAUUUAGCAAGUUUAUGUGGUCAUAUAGAAGUAGUAAAACUUUUGUUGGGAAGAGGUGCCAUAUGUGAUAGAGAUAGACAUGAGGGGGCGCGUUGCAUAUAUGGUGCCCUUACUGAUGCCAUUAGGGAUAUGUUGUAUCGUUAUGACAAUUCAAAAAAAUUCGACACGAAUCAGCCUUUUGCUGCACAUAUAACAUCUCUAUUGAAAGACGAAGAAAGUAGAUACGAGAUGGGCGAUGUAACCAUCAAAUGUAAAGACCCUGAGAUAAUGUUUAUUGCUCACAAAUUUAUGAUAUUCGCUAGGAGUUCUGCUUUGCACAACUCAACACUAAGUGAACUAAAUGAAACGUUUUCUGGUUUGUCGAACGACGUCGUUAACAUCUUGAUAAAUUUCAUUUAUUUGGUUCCGAUACUACAUGCCAUACCAUCUGUAGUGUUUCCAGACUUAAUUAAGUUGGCAAAUUAUCUUCAGUUGGACUUGCUAUCGGAAUUUUUAGAUAAAGCUAGACACAUGGCAGACCCGGUUGAAAAAUCAAACUUGAUGAUUGGGUAUCAGUAUAAGUUUACUGAGUUGGCUAGAAGUCAAUUAAAGAAAUUUGUUCAAGAUGAUAUUAUUGAUAAACACAUAGAUAUUGGUAAGGAGCCGUGGGAUUCUGGCUCAAUCCCUGAUCCACAUAUUUGGGCCCCAUUUCCAGAUAUUUAUUUAAUUGUAGAAAACUAUAGUGGCUUACGGAGAAUAUAUCCAUGUCAUAUAGCUAUGUUAUCAAGAGCUGAAUUCUUUAAGGAUAUAAUUAACAAGAAAUUCCGUGAGAAUAACACAUAUAUGACAGCGAAACAAGCUGUUAGAUGUGGCGUAGCAGAUUCACAUAUGUUAUUUGCCGAAUUGCCAGUUUGUGAUUUUGGAGUGGCAGAAGCUGUUAUCAAUUAUCUCUAUUAUGAUAGCUCCGAGUUUGACCCCAAGCAUGCAUUUGACGUCAUAAAAUUGGCUGACUAUAUCAUGGCCGAUAGAUUGAAGAAUAUUGCUGCCGCUGUGAUUACACAAUCAUCCGAAGAUGCACUUUCUCGAAGUGUUUUCGAUAUCUUACAUUUGGGAUGGGAAACUGGGGUGGAGAGAUUGGAACAAUUUUCUGCCAAGUAUAUAGCACAACAUCUAGAAGAAUUAACCUCAUCCAAAGAAUUAAGAAAGGUAAUUUUGGAGAGUUCUCAACGUAUAUCUAACAGAGAGGAGACAGAUACCAUUGAAUUGGUGGCUGAUGUACGUUUUUACCUUUUAAGUAAAUAUGAUCUCGAAGCUGAUGAUCUAUCUCUAUUGGAGAGUGAUGCAGACGACCUAGAAUUUUUGCAAAGCUUAGGAUUAUUGGAUUACCAGAAGGAUAUUAACACAUUAAAUACAAUAUUGAACAAUUUAAAUCUUUCGGUUUAA